AUGCAACGCCGCACCUUUAUUGCUGUCGCGGCUGGUAACAACGGAAGAAACGGCACUUGGUCAGCUGCAUCCCCGGACGGCGGUGGGCCUGAGAUCUAUGCUGUAGGCUCUUUUGACCUCGACAAUUCCUACUCGAUCCUCCGGUCUGGCCAAGCCGUGACCGGCAAUAAGAACUCUAAAAUGGUCGACUUAACAUGGAACCCACCGACCUGGACAGCCUGGUUCAACAACUCCGUCCCAGAAUCCAUUAGACUUGUGGCACUGAGUGAGAGCCAGGACGUUUCCAACGAUGGAUGCCAAAAGAUUAUUCCCAAUCCUAACCUAUAUCAAGAUAAAAUCGUCCUUAUUCUCUGA